AGUGGACCAGCAGAGCUCAGAGGUUCCCACUGAUCCAUCUGUCCAGCAGCAUCACACACAGCUGGACUCCAUAUUUAUGCUGCUGGAGGAAAACAUUGUCACUUUUGUGAAGAACGAGCUGAAGAACAUCCAGGAGGUUCUGAGUCCAGAUGACCCAGAAAUCUUCGAGAGUCAGAAGAAGAAUGAGGAGAUGUUGGAGGGUGAAGAUGAAGACCAGAGGAGAAACAGCAAAGAGGCUUUAGUGAAGAUCACCCUGAACUUCCUGAGGAAGAUGAAGCAGGAGGAGCUGGCUGACCGUCUGCAGAGCAAGCUUAUUCCCUCAGCUCCUCAACAUAACCUUAAAUCCUCCCUGAAGACGAAGUUCCAGUGUGUGUUUGAGGGAAUCGCUAAAGCAGGAAGUCCAACCCUGCUGAACCAGAUCUACACUGAGCUCUACAUCACAGAGGGAGGAACUGGAGAGGUCAACCAGGAACAUGAGGUCAGACAGAUUGAAACAGCAUCCAGGAAACAACACAGACCAGAAACAACAAUCAGACAAGAAGACAUCUUUAAAGUCCAACCUGGAAGAGAUCAACCAAUCAGAACAGUGAUGACUAAAGGAGCAGCUGGCAUUGGGAAAACAGUCUUAACACAGAAGUUCACUCUGGACUGGGCUGAAGACAAAACCAACCAGAACAUCCAGUUCAUAUUUCCAUUCACCUUCAGAGAACUGAAUGUGCUGAGAGAGAAAAAGUUCAGCUUGGUGGAACUGAUUCAUCAUUUAUUUCCUGAAACCAAAGGAAUCUUUAGCUUUGAACAGUUCCAGGUUCUGUUCAUCUUUGAUGGUCUGGAUGAGAGUCGACUUGGUCUGGACUUCAACAACAAUCCGAUCCUGACUGAUGUUACAGAGUCCAGCUCAGUGGAUGUUCUGCUGACAAACCUCAUCAGGGGGAAACUGCUUCCCUCUGCUCUCCUCUGGAUAACCACACGACCUGCAGCAGCCAAUCAGAUCCCUGCUGAGUGUGUUGGCAUGGUAACAGAGGUCAGAGGGUUCACUGACCCCCAGAAGGAGGAGUAUUUCAGGAAGAGAUUCAGAGAUGAGGAGCUAGCAAGCAAGAUCAUCUCCCACAUCAAGACAUCACGAAGUCUCCACAUCAUGUGCCGCAUCCCAGUUUUCUGCUGGAUCACUGCUACAGUUCUGGAGGAUGUGAUGAAGAUGAAAAAAAGAGCAGUAUUCCCAAAGACCCUGACUGAGAUGUACAUCCACUUCCUGGUGGUUCAGGCCAAAGUGAUGAAGGUCAAGUAUGAUGGAGGAUCUGAAACAGAUCCACACUGGAGUCCAGACAACAAGAAGAUGAUUGAGUCUCUGGGAAAACUGGCUUUUGAUCAGCUGCAGAAAGGAAACCUGAUCUUCUAUGAAUCAGACCUGACAGAGUGUGGCAUCGAUAUCAGAGCAGCCUCAGUGUACUCAGGAGUGUUCACACAGAUCUUUAGGGAGGAGAGAGGGCUGUACCAGGACAAGGUGUUCUGCUUCGUCCAUCUGAGUGUUCAAGAGUUUCUGGCUGCUCUUCAUGUUCAUCUGACCUUCAUCAACUAUGGAGUGAAUCUGCUUGAAGAAUGUGAGACAGAAGAUAAGGAACCUGCACUGGCUAAUUUACAUCAGAAUGCUGUGGACAAGGCAUUACAGAGUCCAAAUGGACACCUGGACUUGUUCCUUCGCUUCCUUGUGGGUCUUUCACUGAAGACCAAUCAGAGACUCCUAAAAGGUCUGAUUUCACCGACUGAAAGUAAAACCAGUCAGGACACAGCCCUGUACAUCAGGAAGAAGAUCAGUGAGAAUCUCUCUGGAGAGAAAAGCAUCAACCUGUUUCAUUGUCUUAAUGAACUGGGUGAUUGUUCUCUAGUGGAGGAGAUCCAACUUUCUCUGAGUUCAAGAAGUCACUUAAAAGAAAAUCUGUCUCCAGCUCAGUGGUCAGCUCUGGGUUUCAUCUUGUUGUCAUCAGAGAAAGAUCUGGAUGUGUUUGACCUGAAGAAAUACUCUGCUUCAGAGGACGCUCUUUUAAGGCUGCUGCCUGUGGUCAAAGCCUCCAAAACAGCCAUAUUGAGUGAUUGUGACCUCACAGAGCGAAGCUGUGAAGCAUUGGCACCAGUUAUAGGCGAUCAUUGGUCAAGUCUUCGAGAGUUAGAUCUCAGUAACAACAAGUUACUGGAUUCAGGGGUGAAGAUGCUGUGGUCUGGACUGGAGAGUGAGAAUCCACAGCUGGAAGCUCUCAGACUUAGCUUCUGUAACCUGACUGAGAAAAGCUGUGAGAGUUUGGCUUCAGUCCUAAGCAUCCAGUCCUCCAGCCUUAGAGAGCUUGACCUCAGCAACAAUGACCUGCAGGACUCAGGAGUGAAGUUUCUGUCUGCUGGGCUGAAGAGUCCACACUGUAAACUGGAGACACUAAGGCUGUCAGGCUGUCUGAUCACAGAGGACAGCAGCGUUUCUCUGGCUUCAGCUCUGACCUCCAACCCCUCCAGCCUGGUAGAGCUGGACUUGAGCUUCAACAAUCCAGGAGAAAAAGCGAAGAAGCUACUGAGAGAAAGACAGGAGGAUCCACACUGUGAACUGAAGCAUCUCAGGCUGGAGCCUUCAGGAGACCAAUGGUUGACUCCAGGUCUGAAGAAGUAUUCCUGUCAACUCACCAUCGACACAAACACAGUGAGCAGAAAACUCAAACUGUCUGAAGAUAACAGGAAGGUGAAACGUGUGGAGGAACAUCAAUCAUAUCCUGAACCAUCAAAUCUUCCUGAACAGUCAGAAAGAUUUGAUGGUCCUCAUCUGCUGUGUACAACUGGUCUGACUGGUCGCUAUUACUGGGAGGUGGAGUGGGAAAGAAAUGUUCGAAUAGCCGUGAGUUACAGAGGAAUCAGAAGGAAUGGAGGUGGUGAUGAUUGUAUGUUUGGAUUUAAUAAUCAGUCCUGGAGUUUGAGCUGCUCUGAUUGUGAUGGUUACUCUGCUUGGCAUAAUAAGAUAGGGACUCCUUCCUCUUUUCCCUCCUCCUCCUCAUCCUCCUCUAACAGAGUAGCAGUUUAUCUUGACCAACCUGCUGGCACUCUGUCUUUCUAUAAAGUGUCCUCUGGCUCCCUGAUCCACCUCCACACUUUCCAUCACACAUUCACUGAUGAUCUCUAUGCAGGAUUUACAUGCUGGACUGAUUCCUCAGUAAGUCUGUGAAACAUAUCAUUUUCUUUCUGCUUUCUAGACGUAGAGAACAUGGAUCAGUGUGAGGACGGAGUCACUGAAACGGCUCUGCAGGAGGGAAGCCAGAGGAAUGAAUCUGAACCAGAACCAGAACCUGGACCAGAACCAGAACCAGAACCUGGACCAGAACCCAGCUGUAUUUCCUUACAGAGUGACAAGUCAACUGGACGAUUAAUUGAUUUUAAAUCAAAUCAACCUCCAGCUACAAAGAGGAAGAAAACUGGACCUGGAUCAGAACCAGAACCCAGCCGUGUGUCCUUACAGAGUGGCAAGUCAACUGGACGAUUAAUUGAUUUUAAAUCAGAUGAACCUCCAGCUAAAAAGAGGAGGAAACCUGGAUCAGAACCAGAACCCAGCAUCGUGUCGUUCAAGUCAACUGGACGUUUAAUCGAUUUGAAGUCAAAUCAACCUUCUACAAAGAGCAUGAACCAGGGGAGCUCAGAGGUUCCCAGUGGUCUGUCUUUGCAGCAACAUCAGACACUGGACUCCGUGUUGACGGAGCUGACAGACAACAUUUCUACUUUUGCAACUAAUGAGUUGAAGAGGAUAAAGAAGGUGUUGAGUCCAGAUUACAAAGAAAGUGUAGAAAGUCAGAGCGAAGGUGAAGCUGAGAAACAAAGGAGCAGCAGAGAGGCAUUUUUAAAGAUCAUAGUAAACACUCUGAAGAACAUGGACCAGGAGGGACUGGCUGACCUUUUACAAAGCAGGACUUCUGGUGGCUGCAUGUAUAACCUUAAAUCCUCCCUGAAGAAGACGUUCCAGUGUGUGUUUGAGGGAAUCACUAAAGCAGGAAACCCAGCUCUGCUGAACCAGAUCUACACUGAGCUCUACAUCACAGAGGGAGGAACUGGAGAGGUCAACCAGGAACAUGAGGUCAGACAGAUUGAAACAGCAUCCAGGAAACCAUACAGACCAGAAACAACAAUAAAACUAGAAGACAUCUUUAAAGUCCCACCUGGAGGAGAUCAACCAAUCAGAACAGUGAUGACUAAAGGAGCAGCUGGCAUUGGGAAAACAGUCUUAAUACAGAAGUUCACUCUGGACUGGGCUGAAGACAAAACCAACCAGAACAUCCAGUUCAUAUUUCCAUUCACCUUCAGAGAACUGAAUGUGCUGAGAGAGAAAAAGUUCAGCUUGGUGGAACUGAUUCAUCAUUUAUUUCCUGAAACCAAAGGAAUCUUUAGCUUUGAACAGUUCCAGGUUCUGUUCAUCAUUGAUAGUCUGGAUGAGAGUCGACUUGGUCUGGACUUCAACAACAAUCCGAUCCUGACUGAUGUUACAGAGUCCAGCUCAGUGGAUGUUCUGCUGACAAACCUCAUCAGGGGGAAACUGCUUCCCUCUGCUCUCCUCUGGAUAACCACACGACCUGCAGCAGCCAAUCAGAUCCCUGCUGAGUGUGUUGGCAUGGUAACAGAGGUCAGAGGGUUCACUGACCCCCAGAAGGAGGAGUAUUUCAGGAAGAGAUUCAGAGAUGAGGAGCUAGCAAGCAAGAUCAUCUCCCACAUCAAGACAUCACGAAGUCUCCACAUCAUGUGUCACAUCCCAGUUUUCUGCUGGAUCACUGCUACAGUUCUGGAGGAUGUGAUGAAGACCAGAGAGGGAGGAGAGCUGCCCAAGACCCUGACUGAGAUGUACAUCCACUUCCUGGUGGUUCAGACCAAAGUGAUGAAGGUCAAGUAUGAUGGAGGAUCAGAAACAGAUCCACACUGGAGUCCAGAGAGCAGGAAGAUGAUAGAGUCUCUGGGAAAACUGUCUUUUGAUCAGCUGCAGAAAGGAAACCUGAUCUUCUAUGAAUCAGACCUGACAGAGUGUGGCAUCGAUAUCAGAGCAGCCUCAGUGUACUCAGGAGUGUUCACACAGAUCUUUAGGGAGGAGAGAGGGCUGUACCAGGACAAGGUGUUCUGCUUCGUCCAUCUGAGUGUUCAAGAGUUUCUGGCUGCUCUUCAUGUUCAUCUGACCUUCAUCAACUAUGGAGUGAAUCUGAUUGAAGAAUGUGAGACAGAAGAUAAGGAACCUGCACUGGCUAAUUUACAUCAGAAUGCUGUGGACAAGGCAUUACAGAGUCCAAAUGGACACCUGGACUUGUUCCUUCGCUUCCUUGUGGGUCUUUCACUGCAGACCAAUCAGAGACUCCUACAUGGUCUCCAGACACAGAAGGAAAGAAGUUUACAGAAAAACCAGGAAACAAUUCAGUACAUAAAGCAGAAAAUCAGUGACAGUCAGUCUGUAGAGAAGAGUAUCAACCUGUUCUACUGUCUGAAUGAGCUGAACGAUCGUUCUCUAGUGGAGGAGAUUCAACGGUCUCUGAGUUCAGGACGUCUCUCCACAGAUAAACUGUCUCCUGCUCAGUGGUCAGCUCUGGUCUUCAUCUUGCUGUCAUCAGAAAAAGAUCUGGAUGAGUUUGACCUGAAGAAAUACUCGGCUUCAGAAGAGGCUCUUCUCAGACUGCUGCCUGUGGUUAAAGCAACACAAAAAGCAGUGAUGAAUGGCUGUGAUCUCUCAGAGAGAAGCUGUGAAUAUCUGUCUAAGGUGCUGAGCAGUCAGUCCUCGAGUUUAAGAGAGUUAGACUUGAGUAACAACAAUCUGAGGGAUUUGGGGGUGAAGCUGUUGUGUGAUGGAGUAAAAGGCUCACAAUGCAUGUUGGAGAUCUUAAGCCUCUCAGGCUGUCUGAUAACAGAGACGGGUUGUAGAUCUCUGGCCUCAGCUCUGAGCUCCAGCCUCUCACAUCUAAAGGAGCUGGACCUGAGCUACAACAAUCCAGGAGAUGCAGGAAAGAAGCUGCUGGAAGCGGCAAAGAGGAGUUCACAGUUCAAACUUAAGGUGGAGGCUGCUGGGGUCCAAUGGCUGAAACCAGGUUUCAGGAAGUAUUCCUGUCAACUCACCAUUGAUGUAAACACAGUGAACAGAGAGCUCAAACUGCUGGAAGACAACAGGAAGGUGACCCAUGUGGAGGAUCGUCAGCCGUAUCCUGACCAUCCAGACAGAUUUGAUGUUAGGCCUCAGCUGCUAUGUAAAGAUGGUCUGACUGGUCGAUGUUAUUUUGAGGUGGAGAUUGGAAAAGGUGUUGAUAUAUCAUUAAGCUACAGAGGGAUUGGGAGGAAAGGAGACAGCAGUGACUGCCGGUUUGGAAUGAAUAAUCGUUCCUGGAGUUUGAUCUGCUCUGAUCGCCAUGGUAACUGUCUCUGGACCAAUAAGUCAGGAACAUCCAUCUCCUCCUCCUCUGUCUCUAGCAGAGUAGCGGUGUAUGUGGACUGUCCUGGUGGAGUCCUGUCCUUCUACAGCGUCUCCUCUGAGUCUCUGAUCCACCUCCACACCUUCAGCACCACCUUCACUGAACCGCUCUACCCCGGAUUUGCAAUCUUUUCUAAUUCCUCUGUUUCCUUAAUCUGAAGAGCCUAAGAAAAGAUCUGCUCCCCUUCUUCUACAGCCUAGUUUUGCUUGUUUAGCUUAACUUUUAAAAGAAAGCUAAAAGCAGAUGUUGAGAAAAUGUUUUUACAUUCAACAGCAGACUAGUAGCUGCUCUUGUUGCACUGGGUUCAGUGGUGACUUUCUAGGUUGUACUAUAAUCCAGUUUGUUGGUAUUUGUCCCUUGCUGAAGACUGAACUGUUUAUGGCUAUUUACAGAAAUACCAACAUGUUUUCAGUUCAUUAAGUUUAAAAGUGAAAACUGUUCAGCCUUUUCCAUGAACUUUGUCUAACACAUUUAUUCCCCUAAAACACUUUUUACAUUUAUGUUCUCCUUUUUUCUUUUGUUCUUGUAAAUGUCUUUGUAAACUUUCAUGAUUCUUUGCAAUUAUUUUGUUUUAUUUGCCAUAAUCCAUCUAAACUCUCUAAUGUAAUUUGAGAAAAUGAAGAGAAAACUAAAUGGUGUGAAAAAGGAGUUUUUAAACCAACUUAUUUUUUAUUUGAAUAUAAACUUACACAAAUAUCACGUUAGUAACUCCUGUAAAACUUCCACAGUUGCUACUUUUGUUUGUUUCUCUGUCAGUAAAUAUGAUAUUAGAGUCAAUCAAUGCAUAGUGAUGUACAAUGCUGUGAUUUUCAACCAUAUUCCUUUAUAAUUUUUAAAAAUGUAGAAAAAUUAAUCCAUCUGAAAACUUGGCAUUAUCAAUAUUUUUUCUAUUUAUGCAUUGUAUAAUAGUGAGGACUGCGCUGAAGUGAAGUCUAAGACCUUUGAUCUGAUUUAUGGAUGAAUAUUUUACAUUAACUAUGAAUAAAUAUUCUCCUUGAUGUUGGUAAACUUACUGUAGACCUUCAGCCGUUUCCUCUAACUCACUGAUCGCCGCUACACCUUCAACACCACAGUUCCUGUUUCUUUCAUCUGAAAACACUAAUAAAAAAUCUUCUUUAAAACACUUUUUAUAUUCAUGUACUCACUUUGUUUUGUUCUCAUAUUCUUAGUUAUUUUUGUUUCACUUUCCAUAAAUAUCUUAACUCUUAAAUGUAGUUUAUUUAGGUAAAGUUGCUGUUGUAUAAAACUGAAGAAAAUGGAGAGUUUUGAUUUUUAUUUGUAUAUGUGCACAAAUAUAACAUGUCUGAAUGCAUUAAAUCCUAAAGAAGUUCCACAA